AUGGCCUCAAGAAGUGCUUCUUCUUCUUCAUCAUCACGAACAUGCAUGUGUUCACCCACCACACAUCCUGGUUCAUUCAGGUGCAGCAUGCACAAGAACAGGCCUCGAUCUGUGCUUCCUAGAAACACCUCCAAUUACAACCCUCAUCGUUCGGAUUCAUCUAAAGCUAAUUCUUUGAAGGCAAUUCUCCUUCAGAUUAUUAAGCCAUCUAACCAGGAUCUUCACAGAAGGAAGAAUUUCCAGCCAAAGCCUACUCGGUUUUAUUUGAUGAACAGUAAUACAGAUCCACUGAUUGCAGUCUCUUGA